CUGCCGCCGUCGCCGCCAGGGGGAGUGUCCGUCGGGAAACGUGGUGUUGCUUCCUUGGUGUGAAGGUGCUUUCAAACUUCGGGUUUCUGUUCCUUUCCCCCGGUUUUUGAAGCGCGUAGAGGAAGAUGGAGACGGAGUCCGGGGCGCAAACAUCAAAUCAGACGCCAACAGAUUCAUUAUCUCCAUCCCCUAAUCCUGUGUCACCUGUGCCUUUGAAUAACCCAACAAGUGCCCCAAGAUAUGGAACAGUGAUCCCUAAUCGCAUCUUUGUAGGAGGAAUUGACUUUAAGACAAAUGAAAAUGAUUUAAGAAAGUUUUUUUCCCAGUAUGGGUCUGUAAAAGAAGUGAAGAUUGUAAAUGACAGAGCUGGAGUGUCCAAAGGGUAUGGUUUUGUCACUUUUGAAACACAAGAAGAUGCACAAAAAAUUUUACAAGAGGCUGAAAAACUUAAUUAUAAGGAUAAGAAACUGAACAUUGGUCCAGCAAUAAGAAAACAACAAGUAGGAAUCCCUCGUUCCAGUGUAAUGCCAGCAGCUGGAACAAUGUAUCUAACAACUUCAACUGGAUAUCCUUACACUUAUCAUAAUGGUGUGGCUUAUUUUCAUACUCCAGAAGUAACUUCUGUCCCACCACCUUGGCCUUCACGUUCUAUAUCUAGUUCCCCUGUGAUGGUAGCUCAGCCAGUUUAUCAGCAACCUGCAUAUCACUACCAGGCCCCUGCACAGUGUCUACCAGGACAGUGGCAGUGGGGUGUUCCUCAGUCUCCUGCCUCUUCCGCUCCAUUCUUAUACCUGCAACCUUCUGAGGUUAUUUAUCAACCAGUGGAAAUUGCACAAGAUGGUGGAUGUGUUCCUCCUCCGCUAUCUCUGAUGGAAGCUUCAGUUCCAGAGCCUUAUUCUGAUCAUGGAGUUCAAGCAACGUAUCACCAGGUUUAUGCUCCAAGUGCCAUCGCUAUGCCUGCACCUGUGAUGCAGCCUGAACCAAUUAAAACAGUGUGGAGCAUUCAUUAUUAAGACAAUUGGGCAGCUCUAGUCCAGCUCAACUGAUUUCUUGUCCAAUGAUCCUUGUGUGGCCGAGAUCCAGCUUCAACGAACCGGCUAGAAGCUGCCCGUUGUGAUACUUAGGGUUAGUUAAUACCUCGCCAUACUUAUUUAUUCCAUUAUAAGCUGUCUAAAUUUGAUGAAAUUUGCUUUUUCAGCUGUUUUACAAAACUAUUUAGGUAGUUGUGGCAUGUUGGUUUAUGUGUUAAUCUAACUGUAGUGACAUUUUCUACAACAUGUUUUACCAUUCCAUAAAUAAUAACCACAUUGGGAAUAGUGAGGUGUCUUUCAUUUUCUCUGCUUUGUGUUAUUUCUUUCUUUCAGUCUUUUAGAAGUAAUGUUUAAUAGUCUUUGCUAUUUAUUUUAAUAUUUAGGAUGAGUCCUUUCUAAUAGAAUUUUUAAUACUUUCAUGCCUUUUAGUAGAAGUACAUUUGAUCUUAAUGAUUCAUUUCCACUACUUGCUAUUUUGUCAUUUAAUAUGCUUUUGUCUAAGUUUUUAUUUAUUUGUUACUGCUACUCCUUAUUUAACUUUGCUUCUGCCAUGGUUUUCAAAAUUUGAGUAAUAUUUAUACUUUUUUAUAACAUUUUCCAAAUAUUAGAAAAAAUUCAACAUGAUCAGUGUUCUUACCUUUUCAUGUGAUUAAUUUGACUGUAUUAAACUUUUUCUCUCAUAUUUGUGAUAAUGCUGCAGCCUUCCUAUAAUAUAAGCCAUUUGGUACCAAAAUUUAUAUAAUAUGGAUUACCUAAUAGAAUUGUUUUGAUAAAAGAAGGGCUCACCUCUGACAUGAUCCCAUAACGCUGACUGAUAUUCCACUAUAUUUUGGCAUUCUUUGAAUGCUUUAAUCUUUUGAACUUUUCUUCUUAUAUGUUACCAGUAUAUUCAAUUACAGAUAUUAUUAUUUAAAAAGACAAUUAUUUUCAUAAAAAAGCAAAACUAUUUCUUACACCAAAGGAAAACUUUAAAUUCUGAUUCUUAUAAAAUUCUUAUAAAAUUGUUCAAAAGUUACUGAACAAAGCUUAAGUGUUUUUAAUCACUAAAAUUUCUGUAAUAGUAUAAAAAAUCCAUUUUACAUUCACUUGCCUUUUCUUUUACCAACUUCCUAAUUUUAGGACAGAAGAGGAAAAUCCACAAAUAUUGGCAUUGCCUUAAUAAAUCUCUCUCCUCUCCCCUUUUCCAUCCCCAAAUGUAUACAUGUUCAACAGCAGAAGCAGAAAUGAUAGGACUUAGAUCCCAAAGAUUUUCCUGGUGAGCCAAAUAGGGUGUUUCUUUGAAACCAUAAUGAAUAUGUUUGCCAGCCAGGUGGUUUCAUGAGAACAGUAGGACUAUAUGAUUAUAUACUAGCAUACAAGUAUCCCAUGCACAUUAAUUAUUCUGUUUUUAGAAAUAUAAAUAGACUUAUUAAAUAUUAAUAAACUUUUAAAGUCGCACAAUGAAAUAUCAAAAGUUUUUGUUCUGUAAGUAAACAUUAUUAACCACUGAUGUUAAAGAUCUUUUAAUAGCACUAUCCUUGAGAACAAAAAAAGUUAAAUGUUUUGAUUUUCAAAAUGUUAAACAUGAUGCUAAACAAAUCCUGCACUGUUAAUAAAAGUUAAUGAUGUAUUAUUGGGUAAGAAAUUUUGAUAAUAAUUGAUACCCAAGUAUGUUUCUUCCACAGAGCUGUAUAGAUUAUGUACGUA